GAAGCGCGAACAGUUCGGACACAUCGGCUCCGAAUAUAAAUAAUAAAAUAAUAGUUUUUGUCACGGAAAUGCUGUUGAUAAGGGCGAGUCGAGGGCAUGCUAAGCACUAAAUACCAGCCAAUUCCGACUGAGGAGCAUUCGUCCAAGGAGACGAGCUCUGCACCAUGGAUAGUGAAGUUCUUAGUUAUAUUUGUGGGACUCUCUACUCUUGCUUUCUACACUUGGAGUCCCGUGGUAGUUCUACCAGAGGCCAGUACUCUGGCUACUCCGAGUGCGUAUGAGGCGUUGACAAAGUGGGAAGCGAUUCAAGUAACCUCUGCCAUUGAAGAGAGUACAACGGAUAACUCAUCCACGGACAAUGAAAAUCCAACCACGGAAAGUGAAAAUCCUACUACGCACAAUGAACAUCCAACCACGAACUUAGUCUAUCAACGAUCGACAGCAAGGACCACCAAAGCAUCAGAGUCCGCUGGGAAGAAAAAGUUCUUUGUGAAUACGCCUCAGUGUCAAAUGCCGUAUCUAAACCCCUUCUCCAAAAAUAUCUUGAAAUUAUACCACAGGAAACACUAUGUGGUGUGUGAUAAGAGACCGGACAUGCUGAAAGUCAGCUACAAUGACCAAGAUCAGACCUACAAGCUGCACAUGAACUCUGCCAAUUCGACAUGUUGCUACAAGCAGAUCUUGAGAGCAGGAGUUCGGACAAAAGCUGACUAUCAGUACAAGUUGCUUCCAUGCGUUACGUUCUCCCAGGAUUAUGUGGUACCCAACCACGUGGAGGCAGUGAUCACUCAAUGCAGUCUGUCUAACAGUUCGAAAGUCUUGCAAGAGGAUGGCUUUAGCUUUGUGCAUCCACGAAAGCCAGACCCCACGCCGUCAUCCUCUGCUGUUGCGGGUUCGGAGCGAAGGCCCAGCGUUCUGCUCUGGGGCAUCGAUUCGCUUUCACGGAUGAACUUUGAGCUAACCAUGCCACAGACGUACAAGUAUUUCCGGGAGCAGCCCUGGUACGAGCUGCAGGGAUAUAACAAGAUGGGCGACAAUACCUUUCCCAAUCUGAUGGCCAUACUCACGGGCUUCAACCAAACCCGAUCGUAUUCAAAGUGCCGACCAACAGCAGUGGGUGGCCUGGAUGCCUGCCCCAUGAUCUGGAAGAGCUUCAAGGCGAAAGGCUACGCAACGGCCUAUGCCGAGGACUGGAGCAGUACAUCGACAUUCGAUUAUCUGAAGAUGGGCUUUCGCACGCCUCCCACGGAUGUGUAUGGACGUCCGCUGAUCCUGGGCCUCGAGAAAGAACUCAAGAAAAAGUACAUAAAGGGCAUACCAUACUGCUUGGGAAGAAAGUCUGCCGCUGAGUACAUCUACGACAUGGCCGAGCAGUUUACAGAGGUUCACAAGGAUCGUAACUUCUUUGGCAUGUUUUGGACCAACUCCUUCAGCCACAACGACUUCUCCAUGCCCUCGGCCAUGGAUGCCAGAAUGGUCAAGUAUAUGCGCUCCCUCGACCACAAUGGGAUCAUGAACAACACCAUCGUGAUCUUCUUCAGCGACCAUGGCAGUCGAUUCGGGGUGCUGCGCAGCUUAGACAGCGGUUUCCUAGAGGAGCGGCUGCCGGUUAUUUACAUGCGUAUUCCCAGUUGGAUCAGAGACAAGUAUCCAGAGUUCCUGCACAGCUUGGAGGCAAACAAAAACCGGCUGACUUCGCCCUACGACAUCCAUGCCACACUCCAGCACAUCUUGGAGCUUGACACACCCGCCGAUCAGUUGCCACGACCCGAGGGCUGUCCCACCUGUCACAGCGUCUUCCAGGCGGUGUCCCUGUCCAGGAACUGUUCCCUGGCCGGCAUCGAUCACCAUUGGUGUGGUUGUGUCGGCUUCACGGAGGUUUCCUCCACAGAGCCAAUGGCCAGGGCGAUGGCUGAGCAGCUCGUGGAGGCCAUUAACAAGUUUCUGACUGGCCUGAACCUCACGCAAAAGUGUCAAACUCUAAAGCUUGCCAAAAUAUUGUCCGUUCACAGGAAUGGCAAUUCCAACGUCUAUCUGGUACGGCUAACCAUUUCCCCCGGUGGAGGUUCCCUCGAGGCCUCCGCCGAGUGGAACCCCAAGACCCAAAGAAUCUCCACUACGGUGACCAGCAUCAGUCGACUGGACUCGUACGCGACACAGUCGAAGUGCGUUCUGGUGAAGGCAGCAAAGAAGUUUUGUGUGUGCAAAAAAUAAUCGGGUUCGAUCAGCACCGGGCAACCGCAGGACCACAGCACAAAAGGAAGCGCAGUCCUGUAUCUGUUCGGCAUCUCGUGCCCAUUGUUCCGGACUGGUUGGACUCUAUCUCUAGGGACGAUCUCGUGGUGAAUGGUUUUGGUAUCUGCCAACUGUUUCCGCAACUAAUUUCGGUAUCGUGAUUGUGCAAAGAGCAAAUUAGUUGACAAUUACAUGACAAUUGGCUUGGGAUGCUCUCGCAUAAUUGCCAUGAUUGGAUUGCUCAAAGAAUGCGCAAAACGAAUUAAUUUUAAUUGUAUAUCUAUGCACAUAUAUAUUUAAAUUGUUUUAACCAUGUUAACUAGUGUUAACUAGCCACAGAAGCCACUAAAUCCAUCGAAUCACUUCAUUAUCAAUACAAUGUUUCACUUUCUACUAUCUCGAUGGCACUCGAAUCGUGAGCACUUGGGUGGUAAAAUUCAAAUGUUUCCGCACUCGAAAGAAUCGAUUUAUAGUGAUGAAAGUACUCAUUAUUUUGGCCAUAUAAAUUCGCAUUAUAAAUCUAUUAACGUCUUUGCUAUUGCCAAAAAUACAACACAAAAUACAUAACUUAGAUCUAAUCAUUCAUAACUAGACAACAGCACAACAAUUCAGAUGUUCUGAUAAAAGUU